AUGGCGCUCUCAUCGCGCUCCCACCGCGCUCUGGUCAAUCUCAGGUCGCAGAGAGAGCGCCCUCAGCUUCCAAAGACCUUGGACUAUCUUGAUCUCAGUCAAAAUAGUCUAACUGUAUUAAAUCAAACAAUCUUGGGUCCUGUUGUCUACCGGCUAGAGACUAUAGACAUUGCAGACAACCCGUUUCUGUGUGACUGUAACUUAAUGUGGUUUGUUGAGUGGGCCCAGCAAAAAUACGACAGGGCGCCGAACUUCUACAACCCUUAUCCUGACUUUGGUCGAAGCUACAAUUGUUCCCUUCCAGCCCGUCUGCGUGGGCGACGUUUGGCAGACGGGUUGAUGAAGGAAGAAGAGUCGAAAGACAGAAAGGACCCAUCGGAAAGAAUGUUCUUCGACAUAGACUGUAGUCAUGGAUUCCGGCCCAACCGCCUCCUGGCUUGUGUGCUAGCUUCUUCGGGUAUCUUCGUCGCCAUGAUGACCAUUUUCCUGGUCGACUACAAUAUCGGUCGUGUUCAAUACUACCUGUGGAUGUUGGCUAAGUGGAUGAGACCGAGGAUCGGAGAGGAAAGGAACCAAGAGCCACCCAGAUACACACACGAUGCCUUUAUUGCGUACAACAACCAGGACGUCGGCUGGGUUAUACAUGAAGCGAUAGAGAAUCUGGAACCUGACUACAGCCUGGUCAUACACGAAAGGGACUUUGCAGUAGGCGCUCCCAUUGUGGAAAACAUUGCGGAUGCCGUAGAAAACAGCCGGAGAACCGUGUGCCUCAUCACCAGGAACUUCCUGAAGAGUAAGUGGUGCGAGUACGAGUUCCAGCUGGCCCAGUACCACAUGUUUGAGGCCGGGGGAGGAAGGCGUCUCAUCUUGGUGUUUCUGGAGAGGAUUCCUAACAAAAUGCUGAAACGGUUCCGCCAUCUGAACGCCGUAAUAAAGAGGGACACGUACCUGGAGUGGCCACACGACGUGCGGAAACAGCCGCUGUUCUGGAGGCGGCUGCGAGAAGCUCUGGGCGAUCCUCUACCCCGGGAUCCAGACCCUCAGCUGGAGGGACAGAAUCCGGAACGGAAAAUUCCUGAACAGCAGGCACGAGCUCCGAUCGAGAAUAUUCCGGAACAGCAAGAACAGGCUCAGGUCAGGAACAUUGCCGAAGUGCAAAUACAUGGCCCCAUGCAAAAUAUUCAGGAACUGCAAGAGGAAAUUCCAUUGCCAGAGCCCAACUACCAGUGGUUUGGAGAUAGAGAUGACGUGCCUCUUCUACCACUAUAGAUCAAGUUAAAGUU